AUGGCGACUUCAGGCAUUCACCCGCCUCCUCCUUUCCUUCCACACCCGGGGGAACCGGCGGUGCCAUGGAAGCAUUGGUUGUCCGCUUUUGACACCUACGUGGCAGCCGCGGCAAUCAAAGACGAAGCAGACAACAAGCCUCGACUACGCGCCCUUUUGACUCAUUGCUUAGGACUGGAAGGGCAGCGGAUACUUUCGACGGAGACAGAGACGGAAUCAUACGUUCAGUUACGUGAUGUGUGUGCGACGUUGUUCGGACCGAGACUCAAUUCUAUGGUCGAGAGAUUCAAAUUCCGACAAAAAAAGCAACAUCAAGGAGAGUCCGUGAAGCAAUAUGUGUUUGCUCUGAGACAGCUAGCAGCCACUUGCAAGUUUGGACCGUUGCAUGACGAAAUGAUUAGGGAUCAACUUAUAGAAAAGACGGUUUGUGGUAAAGUGAGAGACCGCUUGUUGGAAGAAGAUGAAGAUCUUACUCUAGACAAAGCAAUUGUACUGGCAUCACGGAUGGAAGAGGCGGCUAGGGAUUCAGCAGCUAUUGCGACAGUGUCAGGUAGCGUAAUGGAUGCAGUGCCAGGAGGUUUAACUAAUACAGCUUUGGGUCAAUUGGCACAGGAGUCACGUGGGAUUCGUCAAGUACAGACACGGCCAGGUAAAAGCGGCUGGAGUAGCAGAGGAGACGGCAAAUGUGGUAACUGUGGGUUCUCGGUUCACAAGGGUUCAACAUGCCCAGCAUCAACACAGACCUGUAGAAAAUGUGGGAGAAUAGGACACUACGCACGUUGCUGUAGGUCAAAGAAACAGUCACAGAUCCAGGAAGUUGAUUGUGGCAAUGAGCAAGGGGUAGAGUUGGAGACCGUUCGAAUCAAUGUUGUUGGUGGUCAGUCCAGUACACUCGAGUAUCGCCAAUGCGUUUGCGAGUUAGCUGGUGUCAGUUUGUCACUUGUUAUUGACUUGGGGGCGAAGGUGCUGUCAAAAAGGUCAUAUGAUCGAUGGUUUUCUUGGAGUAAGCUGGAACCAGCAAAUCGAAAGCUAGUUGGUUAUGCAGGAUCGCCAAUAAAGGUGUUGGGAAAGGCAAAGCUACCAGUCCGAUACCGGAGAUGUCAAUUAGCAGAGUUUCCAUUCUAUAUUACAGACAAGGGGACAGACAUACUAGGUCUCGACUUGUUUGAUGCCCUGGGAUUUCAAAUUUGUUGGGAUCCAGAAGAACUAGGCAGUCAUAGUGUACAAGCGGUUGACUUGCUCAACGAUGGAGUUACUAAGGGAGGUUGGAGUCGGAGAUGGCCUAGGGUGUUCAGUGGAUUGGGGAAAGCCAAUCACUUUGUUCAUUGCCCGUUAGUGAACACCACCGUACCACCGAUUAUGCAGCCACUUAGGAGAUUGCCACUGGCUCUACGAGAGAGGGUGGCAGAGGAGUUGGAUCGUUGGGAGAGUUUGGAUAUCAUUGAAAAAGUGGAUUCAUCCCCAUGGAUCUCAAAUUUAGUAGUUGUAUGGAAGAAAUCAUGGGCAAUUAGACUCUGCGUAGACCUUCGAAGAGCCAAUCAGGCAAUCAUACCUGGCAAGCAUCCACUUCCAACAAUGGAAGACAUAGCAGCAGAGUUUUAUGGAUCUACAGUAUUUUCGAAGCUGGACUUAAACCAGGGGUACUUGCAAAUACCUUUGGCAGAGGAAAGUCGCUUUAUUACAGCAUUUGUAACACAUAAGGGGACUUACCAGUUCAAGAGAAUGCCAUUCGGUUUGGCAUCCGCCCCAAGUGCCUUCCAGAAAGUCAUGGUUACGGUCGUAGCCGGAAUACCAGGAGUUGCUGUCUACAUGGACGAUAUUGUCGUUCAUGGGCCAGAUCGACCAAGUCACAAUAAGAGACUGAAUGAUGUGUUUCAACGACUACAACAUCACAAUUUGACACUAAAUGUGGACAAGUGCACUUUUGCAGUUAAGGAAAUAUCAUUUGUGGGACACAGUAUUUCGGCGAGUGGUAUUCGUCCUCUAACAUCUAACAUAGAAGCAGUUGAAAGACUGAAAGAACCGACAUCAGUGACAGAACUAAAUUCAUUCCUCGGUAUGACAAAUUACUACCUCCGGUUCGUGCAGGGCUAUGCUGAUAUCUCUUCUCCUUUGCGGUGCUUAUUACGGAAGGAUGCCCAUUGGGAAUGGUCCACUGAAUGUCAAACGGCAUUUGACAAAUUGAAACAGCUUGUCACAUCAGCACCAGUUCUUGCCCACUUUUCAUCCACAGCGGACACCUUUGUGUCGUGUGACGCUUCUGGAGUAGCUAUUGGGGCAGUAUUGUCUCAAAUACAAGAUGGACAGGAACGUCCUGUGGCAUAUGCGUCCCGUGCGUUGUCACCAGCAGAGCAGAAAUAUGCUGUGGGAGAACGGGAGGCAUUGGCCUGUGUGUGGGCGUGUGAGAAGUGGCAUGUAUUUUUGUUUGGACGACCGUUUGUACUUCGUACCGAUCACCAAGCCUUGGUAUCACUGCUAUCUGCGUCAGGAACAGGUCAAAGGCCAUUGCGAUUACACCGGUGGACAGAACGGCUGUACAAGUAUACAUUCCGCGUGGAAUAUCGACCUGGUCAUUCCAAUCAAGUUGCUGAUCUACUGUCGAGGUCACCAGCUCCAGCUGAGAAUUCAGCAUGGGACUCUGAUGAUGUGGAAGAAUGUAUAUUAUUGUUGAGCACAUGGAGCCCGGGGGUACCCUUGGAUGAAAUGGAAAGGGAGUCAGGUGCAGAUGCAGAAAUCCAAACGGUUUUAAGGUGCAUCCGGGAAGGAUGGCACGAUGUCAAAGGAGAGUUCCGUCCUUUUUGGAAUGUUCGACACGAGUUGGCACCUGUGGGUGGAAAGUCGAGUUGUCUGAUGAGAGGGAAUCGAAUAGUCGUACCAAGGUUGCUGCAGAAACGGGUGCUACAGCUAGCUCAUGAGGGUCACUUGGGGGUUGUUCGUAUGAAACAGAGAUGCCGAGAGUUUGCCUGGUGGCCUGGGAUUGACCGCCAAAUUGAGCAAAUGCGGUACCGUGGCAACGACUUCAGGUAG